GUGCGCUCCGUUUCCGGUGCAUCGGGUAAGGCGGCUGCCGCAGGCUUUGCAGCUAAGGUGAAGUGCCCACGGUUGGCCCCGGCAGCAUGAAGCCUAGACCUGCAGUGUUCAUAGACGGGAAGCUGAAGCAGCGGGUCAUUCAGUACCUCACCAGCAACAGAUGUGGCAAAUACGUAGACACUGGAAUCUUGGCGUCUGAUUUGCAAAAAAUGUACAGUGUAGAUUAUGGCCGAAGAAAAAGAAAUGCUUUUAGGAUUCAAGUAGAAAAAGUAUUUAGCAUCAUUUGUAAUGAGAAAGAACUUAAGAAUCUUAAAGAAUUAGAGGACAAACAUCUAGCAAAAAGAGCAAGACAAGAUGAAGAAGAUGAGUACACUGAAAGCUAUUCUGAUGAUGAUUCAGACAUGGAAGAUUACCCAGACCCACAGUCAGCAAAUCACAUGAACAACUCCCUGCUGUCUUUGUAUCGGAAAGGAAACUCUGACUCUGUUUCAAACACCCCGAAGUUGGACCAGAGAGAAGCCACCACUUCAACACCAUUGCUGACUUCUAAAACGAGCGUCAUGCCAUUGAAGACCCCUGCCAGAGAAUCUGAGGGAGGAUGGUUUAUUGACAAAACCCCAGGUGGAAAGAAAGACAGUCAUCUGUUGGACCUGUCAGAAGACCAAAGCAACUUAAAGCCAGAUUCUGAGAUACAGAAUUUAAAAGAUUCUCUUCUGGAAAGUGAUAAGAAAAGGAAAGGUAGGCCAAAGGGCAAAGGAAACAAAAGAAAGACAGCGGAUCUUCAGGAAGAAGAUGGAGAAAUAGAAGCUAUUCUGCAAGAGAAAGCUAAAGCAAGGCGUGUAGAGUUGCAGAUUUCCAGUGUGAAGUUUGAAGAUGUUGGAGGCAAUGACGCAACAUUAAAAGAAGUCUGCAAAAUGCUCAUACACAUGCGUCACCCAGAGGUAUACCAGCACCUUGGUGUCGUACCUCCUCGUGGAGUUCUCUUGCAUGGGCCACCAGGCUGUGGGAAGACAUUACUUGCGCAUGCCAUUGCUGGGGAACUUGACUUGCCAAUUCUGAAAGUGGCCGCACCAGAGAUUGUGUCAGGAGUUUCUGGAGAAUCUGAGCAAAAGCUCAGAGAUUUAUUUGACCAAGCUGUGUCAAACGCACCCUGUAUUGUUUUCAUUGAUGAAAUUGAUGCUAUUACCCCCAAAAGAGAAGUUGCUUCAAAAGAUAUGGAACGAAGAAUUGUAGCCCAGCUUCUAACCUGCAUGGAUGAUCUGAAUAACGUGGCAGCCACAGCUCGAGUUCUAGUAGUUGGAGCUACUAACCGACCAGACUCUUUGGAUCCUGCUUUAAGACGUGCAGGAAGGUUUGACCGAGAAGUAUGCCUGGGUAUCCCAGAUGAGGCUUCCAGAGAAAGAAUACUUCAAACUUUGUGCCGAAAACUGAGACUUCCAGAAACUUUCAAUUUUUGUCACUUAGCACACCUAACGCCGGGCUUUGUUGGUGCUGAUCUGAUGGCACUUUGCCGAGAGGCAGCCAUGUGUGCAGUCAAUAGGGUCUUGAUGAAGCAGCAGGAGCAGCAGAGUCCUGAGAUGGAAGGGUUGCCCCCUAAAGGAGCCCAGGAGGAGAGGCGGGAGGCUGACCCCACUUCUGAAACACAGGAUGAAUUGCAAAGGCUGUUGAGGUUGCUAAGAGACCAAGAUCCCCUCUCACAGGAACAGAUGCAAGGACUGUGCAUUGAAUUAAAUGAUUUUAUUGUUGCUCUAGCGGAAGUCCAGCCUUCUGCCAAAAGGGAAGGCUUUGUAACUGUCCCUAAUGUGACAUGGGCUGAUAUUGGCGCCCUGGAAGAUGUUAGAGAAGAGCUCAUUAUGGCAAUAUUGGCACCAGUUCGCAACCCAGACCAGUUCAGAACGCUUGGUUUGGUGACUCCAGCUGGCAUCCUCCUAGCUGGUCCUCCUGGAUGUGGGAAAACUCUGCUAGCAAAGGCUGUGGCAAAUGAGUCUGGACUAAAUUUUAUAUCCGUCAAAGGCCCUGAGUUAUUAAAUAUGUAUGUCGGUGAGAGUGAGCGUGCGGUGCGACAGGUUUUUCAGCGAGCCAAGAACUCAGCACCCUGUGUGAUAUUUUUUGAUGAAGUAGAUGCUUUAUGUCCUCGAAGAUCAGACCGAGAAACAGGCGCUAGUGUCCGUGUGGUGAAUCAGCUGCUUACAGAGAUGGAUGGGUUGGAAACACGCCAGCAAGUUUUUAUUUUGGCUGCCACUAAUAGGCCAGAUAUCAUUGACCCCGCCAUUCUGCGCCCAGGCCGGCUGGACAAAACACUCUUUGUAGGUUUGCCACCCCCAGCAGAUCGUGUUGCCAUAUUAAAGACUAUCACAAAAAAUGGCACCAAACCUCCACUGGAUGAAGAUGUAAAUUUGGAAGCAGUUGCCAAUGACCUUCGUUGCAAUUGCUAUACGGGUGCAGACCUCUCUGCUUUGGUACGAGAAGCUUCUCUCUGUGCCCUGAGACAAGAAAUGACCGGACAGAGGAGUGCGAUUGGAACAGGUGAGCUCAAGGUCAGCCAUAAGCAUUUUGAAGAAGCUUUCAGGAAAGUAAAGCCAUCUAUAUCAGUAAAGGAUCAAAUGAUGUAUGAAGCUCUGCAGAGGUCCCUCAGUCAGUGACAUUUGCAGUACCUGGCAUAGAGGUGUCCAGUGCAUGGAACUCACCAAGAAUCACCCUUACUCUGAAGGGUCUGUUCUCAGCCUGACACAGAUGACUUCAUUGUAAGCAUUUUAUUUUCAAAUUAUUGAGACCCACCUGGAGAAGAUGAUAUUUUCCAUCUGACCAACUUUGUGGAAAAACUACCUACCUCUUCAUUAAGAAAAAGAAAGAAAAGGGGACUGAUAAAGCCUUUUUCAAAUAAAAUUUUAUUUUGAAAUAUCUUGAUCAUAUAUAAAGUUACAAAAAACUUUUCCUGAGAAGUGGUCACCUCACUCCUCAUCACCCCAGAUACACAUUCAUGUAGGUUUUCUGUAAACCAGGAUAUUUUCCUAUAUAACCAACUGGUCAAAAACAAUGAGACAUUGCUACUAUUAUCUAGUUCCAGCCGUCUUUCUCAGCUGCUCUAAUGUCAUUCCUAGUAAAAGGGUCUAGUCUAAAUUAGCUAUUCCAGUGUGUUAAGUCUUCUAGUUCUCUUAUAGUUUCCAACAGUUUUUUUUUUCUUAUUGGGUUUUUGUUUGGAAACAGUUUGUAUGUAUCCUUGGCUUGCCUGGAACUUAUAUUUAGCAUAGGCUGGCCUCCGCCUCCUAAUUGUUCUGUGUGCCCCCAAAGCCAGCUCUUUCGGAGUUCAUCGGUCAGUGAUUGGGUUCACUUAGUUUGCAUCUUUUUGAAGAUAGAGUAAUAAACUGCACUGUCUUGGGUGGUAAUGUAAUUUCAGUAUCACUUAAGACCAUCACUCUGGUAACUGGAUUCAAGUGCUUCUGAUAGGCUUCCUUGUAGGAAGGUGUUUUCACCUCUUACAUAUGCAUUCCUCCCUCACAAGAUUCAGAGUAUAAUUUUUUUUUAAUUUAUCAUUCAUUUUCAUGAUUUGAUUUUCAGAUUGUCUCAGAUUGUGUCUUUAGUGGAUUUCUAAGAUAUUUUGUAAAUGAUUUUGUAUCAUGAUUAUUUCAUCAAACCAUUUAAUUGUUGCUGUCUAAAACAGGUCUAAUUACUUCAUUUUCUUCCUAAGUUUUUAUUCUAUCUCAUUGUACAAAGUCUUUGAGAUUACUUUUAAGAAUGUUAUUGAUGGGGCUGGAGAAAUGACUUAGUAAUUAAGAGUACAUAGUGCUCUUUUAGAGGACCAAGUGUGAUUCCCAGCUCAAAACUGCCUGUACUCCCAGCUCCAGGAGAUCCUACACCUCCGGCUUCCAUAGGCACCUGUGCUCACGUACAUGCAACCCCCCCCCAACACACACUUUUUUUUAAAAAAAAUAAUACAUAUAUAUAUAUAUUUUAAUAAAAAAAAUGAGAUUGAUAAUGUGUUGACAAGAUGGCCCAGCAGGUAAAGGUACUUGCUACCAAGCCACACAACCUGAUUUUGAUCCUGGAGACCCACAUGGUAGAAAGAAAGAACUAACUCCUGAAAGUUGUACUCUGACCUCUGUGGGUGUGUCUCUCACACAUACAUAUAAAUAUAUAAAUUGGAAAAAUAUGACUGAAAUAAAAUCAGGUUUACAAAGGUCAACAAGACUCAUUUUUCUUGACUUCCGAGAAGUUUGCAGGUUCUAAACAAAAUGACACUAUUCAAUGAAGGACAUAAAGGAGAACGGUAUUAGAUCCCAGGAGACCAACAGAGGCUAGAAGAAAAACCAAACCAGGAUCAGUAGAGGUAGAUAAUUGAGGAUGAUCGGGAAAUUAGGAGUAAAUGCCGGAAAGCCUUAAACAGUAAACCUGAGCAGUUGAGUCUGAUGCUGUACUUACUACAUGCCCAAAAGAAAACACCACCUGGCAUAUCAGAGGUCUUCUGAUAACCAAAUGCUGGGUCCAAGCACAUUCUACUUGUGGUAGCCUGGACAUAAAUGCAGACCGUGUAAGGGCUGUGACACAAGUUGAACAGAAGUCAGUUACUGAGCAGAAAAUAGAUCCCAGCAUUUCUGCAAAUGACAUUUUUGAACAUGCUCUUUAUACUGUUUGACACUCCUAUGUGUUCUUAUGGUGUUCUCAACUCAGUGAGGUCUGUUGACAUCCUAUUUUUUUAUAUCAUUUUAUAAAAAUGAAGAUUGAGAUUUUUUUUCUAUUUUUUGGGGGGGGGGAGGAUUGAGACAGGGUUUCUCUGUAGCUUUGGUGCCCAUCCCGGAACUAGCUCUCGUAGACCAGGCUGGCCUCGAACUCCCAGAGAUCCGCCUGCCUCUGCCUCCCUCCCGAGUGCUGGGAUUAAAGGCGUGCGCCACCACCGCCCGGCGAUUGAGAUUUUUCUAAUACUACAGCCUAAUAGUCUGGCUAUCUAACUGCUGAAGAAAAUCCAUCCUACUGUUUAGAAACAUCUGGAAUUGCAUCUAUUGUCCUCACCAAAGAUUUAGCCAUCUUAAAUACAUUUUUGUAGCCAAAUAUGGUCCAAAUAUGGUGUCACAUGCCUUUAAUCCCAGCACUUGGAGGUAGACAGAUGGAUCUCCCAGUUCUAGACCAGCAAAGACUGUAUCAUGAAACUGUCUUUUAUUUAAAAAAAAAAAAAAGUAUAUUUUGUGUCAGACACUGCUGACAUGAUGAAGGAGCAACCUCAGAAGAACUUUUUUGCCUAAUUUGGUGUGGGCCAGAUACUGCUAAUUGUUCCUUGAUACCCAUUGUAAUUUCCUUUCCCUUUUGUUAAGAAGAGCCUAGAAACCUGGGGUUAGUGAAGUUGUGGGUCGCAGAAGAGAGCAUACUACCACCACAUAGACUAGCAUAGCCCCUAACUGCAUUCUGGAGCAUACUCUCAGAUAAGUAUAGCUCUCACCCCACAUCCAAGAAGCUUCUCUUUGCAGCAGAGCCCAUUACAGAAAACCACAACUGGCCAUAGUGCAAAGAUUAACUUGUUUGGUUCCCAGCCCAGCAGAUACAUCUACAGCACCACUCCUGGACCCAAGGCUCAGGGAAUAGCAAGGAAGAGAGAGUGGAAGAUUGUUAAGAGCCAGAAGAUCAGAAGUCUGCUGUGAGAUUGUGUCUCCUAGACACGACAAGGAAGCUACACCUGUGACACCCUAACAGUAUGCUUGCCUAACAAGACCUGAACAAUAGGCAGCUAAGGACUGCUGAGAGAGUUAGUCUCUCCCAGGGAUGAGCCUCCCUAGUUGGUAAUCCAAUAAAAAGUGACCAGUCCUGAAAUCUUAAACUGACCUAACAGAUUGAUAGGCUGUAUUUGUGUGUGUGUGUGUGUGUGUGUGUGUGUAAAACAAAAGGCAAGCAGUUCAAGAGUGACUGGGGGUUGAUGGGAAAUGUCUGAGAAAGGGAAGGGGAAAGUGAUAUAAUUUUUACAAAGUUAACUAUGACCCAAACCUAACGAUGAUGUCAUUGUAGUUUUUUCCUUUAUAAAUGCUGCAUCCCUGAGCUUUGGAUCAACAGUUCUUUGUGACAAGAGCCUGCUCUCUAUAUUAAAUAAAGAAC